AUUGUAGCCAGGAUGAUUUAUGCUCUAUUGUUGGUAUUUUCAUUUUUUAUAGGCCAUACAACAUUCCAUGGAUCAGCAAUAUCUUCAACUUACUUAUUAAAUUAAGGGAUAAAACUCAAAUGAAAGUCAUGAAGCCAAUUUUGGAAUACUGUAAAAAAAUUGAAUAUUGUACCUAGCUCUAAUUCUGAAUUUAUCCUAUUAAUUUAAAUUAUGCUAAUAUACUUAAUGACUACUCAUUGGAAUAAUUUUUUUGAUAGAACUUUAAUGACCUCAUUCAUUUUUAUCAGAAUAAUAUUAACUCUAACGUUAUUAAAAAUAAGCUCAGUUUUAGAUUAAUGGAUAAAUCAACUGUAGUAAAAUUAAUGAGUUUAAUCAAUACCAACUCUGUUGGAGAAGAUGACCUUUCUAUAAACUAUUUAACCUCACGUUUAACUUUUUGUGAAAAAAAAAACGUUUUUAAAUAUCAACACGUUUUAUCAUGGCAAAUAGCUACAAAGCUCUAUUCUAUUAUAUUCCUUAUAUGUGGCCAGAACUGGUCAAAGAUUCAGGGUCCCUGGGCUAAUGUAGAAGUGAGGGCCCUUUUUUUAAAUAACGAAUAAACUUUACUCACUAUAAAAUACUAAUAAACAUUUAUUGACAUUGAAAUACAAUGCUCAUCCCACUCAUAUACCUAUAUAUACAUAGGAUAAUGUUGUAUAAGAGUACGCAGGCUUAUUUUUAAUAUAUAUCGCCAUCUAUUAAAUUAUCUAUGCAGUCAGUCAUGUUCCAAAUAGCAUACGACACUGGAUACAAAAAUAGAAAUAUACAUUAUCGACACACCUGUUUUAAAAAUGGCCAAGAAGUGUUUGCAUGGGUUGGCGAUCAAAUUAUUGGUGCUUGAUAAUUAGUAUUUUGUGAGGUAUCUGCAACGUUACAGAUUAACAAAUUUGAAAUAUGAGCCGUUACAAAAGAAAAAGUGAGCGGAAGCUAGUGUUCACCGAAGGCAAUAUGGAAAAGAUUAGGGAAAAAAUUGCAGAUGGUUUUUGUAAAAGAAGUAUAGCCAGGGAAAUGGGAAUAAAUGAAGCAGCACUAAGAAAACGGUUAAAAGCAGGAACGAUCCCCAGCUCCUUAGGACGAAUCAAAACUGAUAUACCUUUAGAUAUGGAUGCUGAUUUGGCCCAACAAGUAAUGGACCUGGAUUUUAGAUUUUAUGGGAUUACCAAGAAAGAUUUGAAAAUAGCGGCUUAUAAGUUUGUUGAAGCUAACAAACUUCAGCACAGGUUCAGCAAUAUUUAAAAAAUGGCAGGUGAAUCGUGGGUAAAAGGGUUUUGUCAAAGACACAAAAUAGUACUUCGGCAGCCAGAAAAAUAUUCAAUGAAUCGAAUAAUGGGGUUCAAUAAAGGCCAGGUAGAUCGUUUUUUUUUUAAUCUUAAGACUCUUUAUGAAAAAAGAAACUACCUAUCAAAUUCAAUAUACAACAUGGACGAAACAGGGCAUCCACAGUCCCUAAUAAAUUAUCCAAUGUUUUAUCCAUCAAAGGCAAAAAACUGGUCGGAAAAGUAGCUAGUGCAGAUCAGGGACAGCUCGUUACAGCGGUAUGUUGUUUUAGCGUUGCGGGGACAUAUAUUCCUCCGGCUAUGAUAUUUCCCAGAAAAAAGAUGAAAGAUGAGCUCUUUUUAAAUGCACCUACUGGUACCUGCAAAAUGAUAUCGCACUCUGGGUUUAUAAACAAAGAAUUAUUUUGUCAGUGGUUGCGGCAUUUCAAGAGCUACAGCAAACCUAGUGCCGAAAAUCAAGUAGGGAAAUUCUGCAGGGAUAACUAUAUUGAUUUACUCUCCCUACCACCUCAUGCAAGCCACAGGAUGCAACCACUGGAUGUUGGUUUCUUUGGCCCAUUAAAGUGUGCUUACAAUAGAGAGUGUGAUAAGUGGAUGGUAAGUAACCCUGGAAAGGUAAUAAUGCAGAUGCAAGUUGCCGGACUAUUUAAUCAAGCUUACACCAGCGUCGCCAAUAUUGGAAAAUCAGAAAACUCAUUCAGAGCUUCCGGAAUAUAUCCCUAUAAUCCGGAUCAGUUUAAUGAUGAUAAUUUUGCCCCUUCCUGUGUGACAGACGCACCUUUUAAUACUCCAGACGCACCUAAUUAUACAGAGAAUGCCCAGCUCAAUGAUGAAGUUGUGGUGGAAAUAGAUGAUCCCGACCCUUCCACAAGUAUUCCGAUACAUGCAACACCUCCAGAUAUAGUCUGUGAAGACGGGGUACUUAUAUUAAAGAAUUCGUCUACUUUUGAGGAAGAGGCUUUAAAUCGGUCGAUCUCAGCUUCAAAAAUUUUACCUUUGCCGCAAAUAAAAGAAAAACCAAAUCGCUCUAGAUCAAGAUCACAGAAAUCCGAAACACUCUGUAGUAUUCCAUUCAAGGAUGAACUUCAAGAACUUGCCGGAAUUAAGAAAGGAAAAGAAGAAAAAGAAAUUGAAGCAGCAAAGAGAAAACUAGUUGUUACUGGCUCAAAACCUCAGAAAACAAAAAAGGUAAAAAAGAAAAUUAGUAAAGGUGUCGAAAAGGAAGCCCAGGAUGUGGAGAAUUGUACUCAGAAUUAUUUGAAGAUGAUGACUUGAUUAUAUGUUCUUGGUGUAACAGUUGGUGGCAUGAAUCUUGCACCACAUAUGUAAUGGGAGACUUUGUUUGUUUUAAUGUUUAGUGAUACUACGUUUUUCAUUUUCCUUUAAGGAAUAUUUUUUAAUUUUGUAUUACUUUCAAUAAACUUACCUUUUCUAUAUGAAAUCUUUUCAUUUUAUGAGUAAACAAUCAAAUAUAACAUGACGUGCAACUAUAUCUUAGAGAAAGAUAUAGUGCGUACUCUUAUACAACAUUACUCUCUAUUAAUCAAAGCACCAAAAAAUAUAAAGCAUAUUAGAAUUUUUAUCUCUUCAAAAUAAUAGUAAUAAAAGUAUCAUCUGUGUUCUGUAUUUGUUGAUAUUUCUAUUUUGUCGAUGGUUGUAGGUGAAUUGAAUCGUAUGUCCUGAAGUAAUUUUAUCGAAUUUUUUUUCAUGUAACUCACAUUACAUUUUUGCCUCUUCCUGCGCCUUGUUCUUCUGUUCGUUACCUGUCCUUGCCUUUAGCAUUUUUAAGGAUGCAUCAAGUCUAUGUUCAAUCUUUGAAGUGAUUGGUUUAAACAUUUUUUACCAUUAAAACAUACCUACCAUAAAGCAUAACACCAUUUAAACCUAA